AUGUCGUUGAGGUCGAAGGCCCUGGCGCUGGUGGAAGUGUUGCUAAGGGUGCCGCCGCUGUUUGUUGUCGAUGAGUUCCUCAAAAUCAGUCUCGGGCUGCCCGUGUCCGCCGGCGAGGAAGUGUCCGUCCUAUCAAAUAUCACGGAUGACCACGUCGAUAUAUCCGACACUGAAGCGAUCUACUACGACGCCACUUUCUACAACGCGUUCGCCUUCAUUCUUCUUAAAUUCCUCGUCUGCUGUUUAGGAUGUAUGUCAGCACUCUGCGUUUUCGUGUUGUACACGAAACACCUCAUCAUCGUUUAUCUCUACUUGCUGUCGCUGGGCAUUGUCUUCGUCUCCUACUGGACCAACGUCUCUGCGAUCAAGCAAAUCCAAGCGUUGACCUUGGCUGCUACGUCGACACAGCCCUCUGUGAGCAUCCUAGAAGACAUCUUGAACUUAAACCUGAAGAGCCUACUUGAUCUCGAUGGCCCCGGAAUCUUGGUCGUACAAAAUUUUGCGAUACAAUUCACUCUCUCAGUAAUAUUCCGCAACGUCCAUCUCGGUCCCCGACAUCAAACGCUUCAGAAGCUUUUGCCGAUCACCUUUAUGGCUCCAUCGUUUUUGGCCAUGCUACCAGUUCCUCCAAAUUUGUUGCAUCAUUCGCCAGUAUUUUCCGCUUUGCUACCUUUGUGUCUAGUCAAAUACGUACUCUGGUCUUCGGCGUACGACGUUAUACAUGUUAUUUAUGCUGGAUACCAACACGGAAGACUUUUUGUCAGCAAUUUUGGACUAUCCGCCCUAGUUGAAACAGAAUGGAUUCGCUUGAACAUACCUUGCGUCCUCAGAGUGUUUUGGGUAUUGCGAGUCGCUGAACACGCGAUGUUACUUCUCAUGGAUAAUUACGAUGAAGAUUCCGAUGAAGGAUUGAAGGUCUCCACGUUACUAGCAGUCCAGUCCCUCGCCUCGAUGGCGAAAUCGUUGUUAGUAACUGGAUGUGAGACUAUAACUGCCGUUCUCGGCAUGACCUCCGUCAUAUCAUUCUUCUGUCACUACAUCGGGAGCUUCUUCCAAUGGAUCUUGUUGACAGACGAAGAAGAAGACAAGAGCAUAGGAACAGUAUCAGCUAUACUAUUUUACAUCCUCGCCCUGCAAACCGGCCUAACGACACUGAAUCCAGAGAAGAGAUUCGUCCGUUUGUGUCGAAAUUUUUGCUUGCUUUUCACGGCUUUACUACACUUUUUGCACAACAUCGUUAAUCCUAUGCUGAUGUCUCUGAGCGCUUCUCACAACCCCAGCACCCACAGACACGUCAGGGCAUUAGGCGUUUGCGCUUUCUUGAUAAUCUUUCCGAUCUCAUUGCUAGUGUACUUAUGGUCCCAACACACAAUAUCUACAUGGCUUUUGGCUGUGAGCGCCUUCAGUAUCGAAGUCAUCGUGAAAGUGAUAGUGAGCCUAAUGAUAUAUUCACUUUUUUUAAUAGACGCGUACAGAAGUACAUUUUGGGAGCAAUUGGACGAUUACGUUUACUACAUACGCGCUUUCGGAAACACGAUAGAGUUUUGUUUUGGCAUCUUCCUAUUUUUCAACGGCGCUUGGAUUUUACUAUUCGAGUCGGGAGGUGCGAUUCGAGCUGUGAUGAUGUGUAUUCACGCUUACUUCAAUAUUUGGUGUGAAGCGCGCGCCGGCUGGUCGGUGUUCAUGAAGCGACGAACGGCGGUCAAUAAGAUAAACUCACUGAGGGAGGCUUCCGUGCAACAACUAGACCGUCUGGAUGACGUCUGCGCUAUCUGUUAUCAAGAGAUGCAUUCGGCUAAGAUCACGCGAUGCAACCACUUCUUCCACGGAGUGUGCCUGCGGAAGUGGCUCUACGUUCAGGAUCGCUGUCCUCUCUGCCACGACAUACUCUACAAGAUAGACAACGAUCCGACGAAGGACAACAAUUCAGAGGAUAGCAACGAAGACAACAGCGAUAACCAAAAUAUACUCCUCGACGAUGAAGACCCAGAUCUACUGCUCGGCGAAGGUGUGAGAUGA